AUUAUGUGGUUAAAGCUAGACCCUUGGAAGUUGGAACCAAUUAACUUCUAUAUUAUAAAUACUGUUAAUAAAACGAUUGUGCAUGCCGCGCCCAAGCUAGGAACAAGGUGGGUGAUUAAUUAAUGUUUAUCAAUGCUAUAGAGCUCUAUCAUUCAGCUUAAUAAGAAGUCAACAUCACAAUCAGGUGGAUCAUGCUUCCUUUUCAGCAUAACAGAGAGCUGCAGUGUUUAGAUGGAAAGAGGACUCUACAAAAACCAAUAAAAGCAUUGAUGGGUCGAUCACAAACCACGUAAAUAACAUGAACAUAGAAAAAUCGCUGAAAGUUUAAGGACAAUUCAUUUUAACCAACCAAAUUGAGGUGCCCUUCUACUGAAAAUAUGGCGAAUGUCCCUUUUUCAGAUAUGAAGUAUUCAUACUCAACCAACUAGUCUCAUUGGGAGCUAAUGACAUGACGCCCAAAAUGGAUAAUACUUGGCAAGUGUUGAGUCAGGAGGUAAAGACACAAAAUAAAGUUGUUAAGAACCAUAUCAAAGCAACAACUCAUAACUAAAACUGGUCUGAGGAUGGACAGGAAUUGGAUUGAGCCUUGACAGAGGCCUAAGAGAUAAGAGCCCUAUGUUCGGUUUGUAGCAAAUGAUUGAUUACAGGUCUCAAUUUUGUCUUCAACUAUUCAAUUUCUAACUACUAACAGUACAGCAAAGACAAGGAAUUUUUUUUGUUUUCUUCCAAUUGAAAUAUUACUAGGCGGUGGGGGAUCCUGGGUGGCCAUGUGCUGCUUGCUAUCUUGAAACAAUCUAAUUGAAGACAAAUAUGCCCUAAUAGACUCGUCACUUUUCCACCACACAAAAAACCAUUAAUUACUCGGAUAAAACUCAAUUUUAAAGAAAAAAAAUCAAAUCUUUCAUUUUUGUUUAAUCCUUGUUCACAGGCAAUAUCACAUGGGUUGUUGAUACAAAUACUAAUUCAAUCACCAAUCAAUAUUUGUAUUAAAGGUUUCUUCCACCACAGAGUAGUGCACCAUAACUAGAGAGACAGCUAGCUUAGUCAGCCCAAGAAAACAAUCAUGGCAUCCAAAGAGAAGCAAAAGAAAGGAAACAAAAUCAUGAGCUUCUACAAGUUUUACAGCAAUAAGCCAAUCAAAUCAGAGCCAACCACAAAGACUCUAGAUAAACCCAUCUCACAGAGCAGUCCAAUGUCAACAGUGAAGGAGAUAAGGGUCCAAGAAACUGACCAUGGCGGCGACCAACGGCGGAGAGGAGCAGAGGAGAUUGUGGAGGCAAGGAAAUCAGUAUCUCACGUGGAGACAAAUCUAUCGUCGGUGGCUGCAUUUCUUCAAGUGAAGGUGCUGGUGACGGACAUGCCCGGGUUCAUGCAGGUGCACGCCUUCCGUUCUGCCAGGAGAACAUUUGACAGCUUGGAGAAGUUCAGCUCUAAACACAUGGCUUACAACAUCAAGAAGGAGUUUGACAAAGUGUAUGGGCCGGCCUGGCACUGCAUUGUGGGCUCAAGUUUCGGCUCAUUUGUUACCCACUCAACAGGUUGUUUCCUUUACUUCUCAAUGGAGAAACUCCACAUUUUAGUUUUCAAAACAAAAGUUCAGAAAGCUAAUCCACAGUAAGAAAAAAAAAUUAUAAAUAUUUUAUAAAGUUCCUGCCUUUCUUCAGUUUCCUUUAGCAAUUUCUUUUUUCAUUGUAUUAAUGUAUUUGUAAAUGACAGAAAUAUUUUAUUUACA